AUUUUGCCCAUCUCCCACGCUCUCUUGCCCCAGUAUCUUUCUUAGCCUCUGCGCACCGUUAGCAUCAGAAUGCUACUUCAGAGGGGCCCUUGAUCUCUUAGUAUAGCCCUAGGGAGCUGUUGUCGAUUUUUGCUUUUAUUGUGGGUGUUUUUUUAUUUUUCAUUUUUUUUAAAGCAUAAAGAGGGAUUAUUCGCUGGUGGGCUUGACGUAUUGGAAAUCAACUUUCAUAGAUACUGUGAAGUUGGCAGUGGGCGUAUUGUACCACUAGAGGGCAGUUGUUCCAAACCACAGCAUUCCCCACUCCACAAAUGCUGGUCUGCCUUUUAGCAGUCUCCUGCCUGUUCUCAGUCUUGGCUGGAACGCUGCAUAUGUAGAGUUGAUUUCAUCUGUCCUGGUGGAGGUUACUCCUCAAUGGAGAAGAGACAAUAAGAAAAACAUGGCAGAGAAGGAGGGAAAGGAGAAGGAGGAGCAGGAGCGUUGGCAUCUUAAGAGAGCGAUUGGAGGAGACAAGAGUGCAAGCCCUGCGAAGUCUUGGGCAGCUGGUAGAAGUGGGAACAGCCAGUGCACACGCAGGUCCACCCAGACCUUUUCUAUUUUCGUUCUUUGAAUUUAUUCUUUUGCAAUUACACACACACACACACACACACACAAACAAACACGCGCGCGCGAGCACUCUUGGUCAGGGUUUUGGCAUGUAAUCCGAGGCUGUCCUCCACCACACCUAGCUUCCUGAUUUGUUUAAGGGGCAGCAAGAAACCAGAGAAAAUGGCCGAGGAAGGCUAGUAGUGGAGGCGAGGAGGUAGGGGCAGGAAGCCGUUUUCAGGAGGGUGGACUCUAAUGAGACGGCUGGCCGUGGCCACGAGUGGGGAGAGUCAUGAUGGAACAGUGCCUUCCAUCAGCAGCACCCAGGUUUGCUUCGGAAAGAAACUGUCUCUGCGGGCACAAUUUCAUUUAUGAAGCAGACUUAAAGCAGUCAGCUUGCUCAGGCUGGUUCUCCGUUGCCUGUCUCUUUGGAUUCAUCACCACUAUGCGUCAUGCCACAGGUUCAGAUCUUGCCGGGAAAAUGUCAGAUGAAUUUUUGUUGGCGUAUGUGCUACCUGAACAGUCCCCUGCCAGAACCUCUGCUGUGAGCAAUGCAAAAGCUGGCCAGCAUCCUCAAGGCUGGCCAGGCAACGGCCCUCGGAGUAUCAUAAGUGCUCCCCCUGCUGUGCUAGCUGGACUCCCACCAAGUAUAGCACCCUCCGCUGUAUCUUUUGGACCAGCACCAACAGGGAUGUAUCCGUCCAUCCCUCCAACUGGACCACCACCAGAAUCUCCAGCAUCCCUUCUUCUUUCUGGACCUUCAUGUCUCCAACCUAGUGGCCCUUAUUCAGCCUCUGCUGUACGAGGCCCUGGUCCCACAGGGCCUUAUGCUACACCAAAUAUACCCUUUCCAGAGCUACCCAAGCCGUAUGGUACACCCGCAGAUCCAGCUGCAGCUGGUGCUUUAGGUACACGGGGAUCCAUGUCUUCUGGACUUUGGGCACCAGGAAUAGGAGGGCAGCAUCCUAAUAUGCCAUAUUCAUCUCCAGGACCACAUCCCACUGCUCUUCCUCCAGUGUCAGGAGCACCGCCUGUUCCAUGGGGCACUGUGCCACCGGGAGCCUGGGGACCACCAGCAUCAUAUCCUGCCCCUGCAGGAUCAUAUCCCGUGCCAGGACCCCAUUCUGCUCCGAAUAAUCCUUACCAAGUGAUGGAGCCUUCAGGACCUUCUGGUGCUCCAUCAGUGCCUGGUGGCCCACAGAAAACGAACGAAGUCCCAGGUGGCUCCCGUCCUGAUGCAUCCAACCAGGAGAGCACCCCGGAGAGUACCCCGGAGACCACCGGACAAAUGAAGCAGCUGAAGGUCGAUGACAAACCCAUCAAGAGGAGACGUUCUAAGAGGAAGAGGAAGCCAGUAACUUGGGGAGACAUCAAAACUUUAACUCAUGAAGCUGAGACCUUGGGGAAACAACAAGGACACAACACUACUGACCCCAAAAUGAUGCUGUUAUGUUUAAUGACUAUAUUACAUGUUAAUUCUCAGCGUGUCAGUUCAGAAUCUGAAUGACUCUUGUCAGUGGGGAUAAAAGGCACACUUGUAAUAAACAGUAUGAUGUUGUUUUGACAAAAACAAAAACAAAAAAACCACACCA